GCCGCGGCGGCUGCCGCUGCUGUUGUUGUUUCUCCUGCCGCUCCUGCUGCCCUGGCCGCCUGCCGCCGUGGCCCUGCGGCUGCUGCUGGACGCCGCGCCGCCUUUCACCUGCUCGCAGCCGCUUGCUUCACUGGAAGUCUCUGAAGAAGAAUUGAUGUAACAUCCCUCAUGAAGAUGAGCCAUGGUGGUGGUGCAUGUGAGGACAGCUUUUCCUCAAAGGAUUUAAACUGUCUCGUAAGAAAUAGCACUUGCAUGGAGUCAAGCUGGCUGCAGGUUGCUGCCUGGACUCCCUCUGCUCCAAGCAGUCUCCACGUUUCUUCUGAUGUUUUCCGUAAGGAGGAUGGAAAACUGGUCCCUGUGCUUCAGAUAGAGUGGAAGGUGGCCACAGAUGCCAGCAUCCGCUGUCUGGAAGGGGCCGAGCUCGCCGUCAUGCAGGUCAGCAGCAAUCAGCAGAUCUGUGCCCAGUUUGACUUCCAGAACAAUUUGCCUCUUCAGGUCCGUCCCGAUGGAGGCCGGUGGAAUUUCACUUUUGACCGUUUUGAAGUAGAACCUGGCCAGACUUACCAAGUGACUGUGUAUCACCUGCCCAAACUGGGUGUAAAUGGAGACUACAAUUGCAAGUCCACGUCUCUCACAAUGCCAGACUGCAGGGAUUCUCUGAUGAAAAGAACCAUCCCAUGUAUAAAGACAGGCAGCUUGUGGGAACCUAGGAUCCAGGGUGAAAGUCUAGAUGAUUCAACUCUGCUUGUGAGCUUCCACCCAUGGAUUGAGCCAGCCAGGUACCAAAUCCAUGUGGCCAGUUACAAGGAGGAGAGGAGGUGUAAAAUGAUCACACAGGAUUUCACUGAGGAUGGACUACAACAGCAAGUGAAUGUCACAAUCAAAAUAGAGAACAACAUAAAAGUUUGCUGCAGAUACAAAGUACAGAUUCAGCCAUUCUUUGCAAACUGUGGCACAGACUGUCUGAGACACUCUGCUUCCAUCCCAUGUGAAGCAGUUCCAAGUACAGAACCAUCGGAUGAUAUGAUGAUAUGGCUCUACUGGUGUAUCACUGGCAUCUCUGUGUUACUGGUGGGGUCAGUCAUAACAGCUGUGCUCUGUAUGACUAAGAAACGAGCAGGGCGCCAGCGAAGGAAAUGCAACCACGACAAUUUGCGAGCUGCACCGUACACCGAGCUGCCCCUGCCACCCUUGAAGCUGCGGAAGGUUUGGAUUGUGUACUCUGCUGAUCACCUGCUCUACGUGGACGUGGUGCUGAAGUUUGCUGAGUUCCUGAUGACAGUCUGUGGCACUGCUGUGGCCUUGGAUCUGCUGGAGGACCACCACAUCUCAGAGCUGGGGCCCUUGCCCUGGCUCACGCGGCAGAAGAAGGAAAUGGAAGAGCUGUCUUCAAAGAUCAUCAUCCUGUGUUCUCGGGGCACCCAGGCCAAAUGGCAGGCCAUGCUUGGGAGUGAGCCUGUGUGUCUCAAGCAAGAUCAGCAAAAGCCAAUGGGAGACCUGUUCACCCCAGCCUUGAAUCUGAUCCUGCCAGAUUUCAAGAAGCCAGCCUGUUUUGGAAUGUACAUAGUUUGCUACUUUGAGGGAAUAAGUAGUGAGAGAGAUAUACCUGAUCUGUUCAAUGUCACGUCCAGAUACCAACUGAUGGACAAGUUUGAGGAUAUUUAUUUUCGGAUUCAGGAUCUGGAGAAGUUUGAGCCUGGGCGGAUCCAUCGAAUCCAGGAAAUCACAGCUGAAAAUUACAUCGAUACCCCCAGUGGGAGGAAACUGAAAGAGGCCAUAGAGAAGUUCAGGAACUGGCAGACUGAGCACCCGGACUGGUUUGAGAGUGAAACCAUCUGCUUGGAUAGUGAUGAAGAGUUACAUUCCCUGAACAGAGAGAGCCAGGUGGAUUCACUGCUGAGUGAGCCAGGUGGAAUUGUGAAACAGCGGCUGCACUUACGUGAGCCUGACCCCAGCUGCUGUUACACCAUCAGCCUCCACAUGCAUGAAGGUGAAAGUACAGGCUGCAAGCUGCAGCCUCAGCUUAAUCCAUGUGGGGAUCCAAAUUCCCAGACUGUGGUCCUUCCUAUGGAUGUUCCUCCAAUUCAGGUAGUGGAGCCAGUCUCUUCCAUGGAAGAUAGAAAUAUACUCGGUCACCACGUGCUGAGCAAUGAGGACUGUAUGGAAGGAGUUCCUCUUCUGGAGAGAAGCUUUCCAAUGAGGAAUAAUGUCAUCCUCCACAAUGGCUCUGAAGCUUCAGCAGCUGACCAGAGUCCUGCAAACUUGUCAGAUGACCUGAGUGACCAUCUGAAUGGACUCAUGUACCCUCUUUAUCAACAGAGUGUCAUCCCUUCAGAGCCAUAUCUCUGCCAGGGGGAGGCUGACCAGCAGCACCAGCUGGUCUUUGAUGACCAAUGCAAAGACCAGAGACAGUCAGUGCAGUCAGACCAGGGCUACAUCUCCAGAUGCUCCCCUCUGCCUCCUGAGGACCUUCUAGAGGAGGAGGAGGAAGAGGAGGAGGAGGAUCAGGAACAGCAGGGGGGCUUCCACGAACUCUCUCCAGAGGUUUUGAACAGUCUGAAGAGCCUCCAGAAGCAGCUGUUUUUCCAGGACAUUGAGAGGCACUCUAGCUGGAGCUAUCCAGCAGAGGUGAUGGACAUUGACCAAUCUUUGGAGGACUCUUAGGCUCUGCCUGGGACCUGCCCUGUUUGAAAUACAGGGAUGGAAGGUGGUCCCGUGCAGAGCAGUACUGAGACUGCAUUCCCAGCACUAUCCUUGUGCUUGUAUUGUAAAUGGCUUAGUGCUGGGAUCUUCCGUGCUGCUGUGAUGCAGCCCUGCCCAGCAGAUGUGGAAUGUUGCUUCCAGUCUCCGUGGAGAGAAGCCAGGAGUAUUGGCCACCCCUGUGAAAAAACAGGCAGUGGUUCUGAUCCUUGGGGAAAAGCAUUACACUGAAUUCUCACUGAUGGAUGGCAGGAAAAUUACUGUGGCUCAUCCACUCGUGCCUUCAAAAUGCCCUCCAGCUGUGCUGAUUCUAUUGCACUGGAUAAAAGUCACUGGCAUGGUUUAGAAAAUAGGUUUAGAUAACAUGGUGACAUUUGCAUUGCCAUUUUAAUACACAUUUUUGAACAUUUCCUUGUAAAUAGUGUAUUAAAGACACGUGCCUUAAAUUUUAGCUAGAUUAGGGCUGUCUCUACCUGGUUGAUAAAUGUGCCUAAAGAUUUUUUUUUUAUUCCUCCACUCAUCAUUCAUUUGCAGCUGCAUUUCCAUGGUCAUUCAGCAAUCAAGUGGAGUAGCUGAGAAUAAGUGGCAUAAAUGUUUAAAUUGAGAGCCUCCAUAACUCUUCCUGCCUCUCUACUGGGAGAGAGCAGCAGUAGUGGAGGGAGAAGAGGAGACCAAGAAAUGGAAUUUGGGAUUUUUUUACAGUUUUAAGAAAUGUGAUGCUGAAUACAGAAUCAGGGGAAUCUGGUGUAUUCAGUGACACACUGCUGCAGUGCUGUUUGCUUUUGGAUAUCUUAGCACCAGGAAGAUGUGAACUGAAGAUAAAGAUAGUGACACACAAGGAAAUAAAGGACUAUUUUGGACGAGGAAAAACUGUUUCCUCAGCAGAUGCUGUUUUAGAGUGGAAAUAAUAUCUGAGUUAAGGGAGGCUGAGCAAAAACAACUGUGAGAUGUACUUGUGUGGGUUAUACUCCAGCACAGGUAGUUCAGGUUAACCACAGUGAAAUGCUGAACAGACUAAGGGAUUCCUCUUCCAGGAGCAGUGAUGGUGAGGCUGGCAUUUACCCUGUUUCUUAUCACUGGAUAACAACCUGUGAGAUGUAAAUGCAUCCAGGCCUUUCUCCUUUGUUGUCUUCCCGUCCAUCUAAGUUUACUUGUCAAAAAAUCUUUUCUCUCACCUUUUUUAAAAUCUAAUGUCUCAGAAAAUAAUCUAUUCUUUUGUCUUACAAUUUGUUUUGUUUUGUGUGUAUUUUAUAAUUUUGUGUUCAACCUCUGGGGUUUUUUCCUUAAAUUAAAAAUGAAGAAUACUUUUUUGGAUAUAUUCA